AGCACCUCCAAUAUUGUGUACGGACCCCCAGCGGUGGACGAUCCGAAACGUCGCCAGCCGUCUAUUUUGCUAGCCAAGAGUCAACUCAACUGGUCUCCAAAAGUGGAACUGGUAGAGGGACUCAAGCUAACGAUUAAGGCCUUCAGGGCUGAGUUGCGAAAUGAAGCCAACUUUCAUUGUCUCAAAGCUCUGGGCAUUAUGUCUCCACAGCGCGAAUAG